AAUUCUCAUUUUGCUUCUCGCGAUUCAGUUUUUUUUUCUUCCACAGAAUAAAUAGUUCCAAUGGUCUUUGCAUUCUUUAUUCCUUUUUAAUGGUUAGAUUGGUUAGUAUUUUUUAGAUUCUUUAUUUUAGAUUCUUUUUGCGGCGCAGUACAAAGCUUCUAUGGCGUUAUGACAUGCACAACCUCCGAUAAGACCUCUUUUCUAUAGUUACAGAGAAGAUCUAGCGUGGUCCCUGGAAUCGUCUCACACUUGGCGAAGGGCGAUGCAGUGGAAGCUACGCGCGCAGAGAGGAGGCGAGCUAUUCAUCUCACGUCAAGCUCACUGAAAUCAAGUUGAAAUCGAGCUUUUUAGGACCUGGAGAGAUUAGUUGCAAUGAAAUGCUCAUCACUGGCUAGAAAAAUGCGGCACAUGAAACUGUAAAGUUGAUGUGUUAUUUUCGCUGUUUUAGGCUCUUGAGCACACUUAACCUUCACCCCAACUGCUCCAGUAAUGAGGACAAUCAGUCAGUGUGCUCAAUUCACCAGAUCCCGGACGAGAGUCAUAACUUUUUAUCACCCAAUCACGAGAAGUUUACUUACUGUAAAAGAGUGGGUGGUGCUGUUAGCUUCAAGCCCAAGAAUCUGACUGAAGAAUGGAACAUUUCACCCCUUGAGACAAAACCAGAGUUUGUUCGUCUGGAGGAUUCUGAGGCGUCGGGAACCUCCAGCUUCCUGCAGCUACAGCCGUUAAGGCGCGCGUUUUCUCGUUCACGAGUGAAGGAAGUUCAGGAGGACUUCUGCUGUGUCUCUGAGGACGCUGUGGACCAGCCGGAAAUCCUCACUUCCUGCGCCCUCACGGACACCGUACAGGACCUCCUGGCUCAUCUCCAGCACGCUGACCGAGAACCCUGCCACGCCAGUUCCUUAAGUGCCCUCCAAAGUGACCUCAGCCUCAUCCACCUCUCCCAAAGAUCCCAUCAGCUCCAGAAUCCCGUCCACAGCCGGGAGCUCAGUGUCUCCCAGCAGGCCUCGACCGGGCGGCUUUCUGCUGUCACUCAAAGCAAGACGUGCCAGAGAGGAUCUCUUAAAGUGACCGUUAAUCAGACUGAUCGCGGCCCGACCUCGCACUGAGGACGUUGAGGAAAAACGAGUAAACGAACCAAACGAGCUUAAAAGAACACAAAAAUGCAAAGUGAGUGUUGAAACAUGGCGAGUUAAUCGUCAGCAUGUUAUAAACUAUAAAAGGUCGUUUUUAAGUAGUAGAUAGCACUAAAUUCAAGUACAAAAUGUGUACACAUGCGCGUUACAAUUAUAAAUAUAGUUUCUACGCUUAGAGUUUACGAUGAAUCCGCGAUUCAGUGCUACCUUAAGGCAUGUUUUUGCUAUUAUUGUUUCUGAAACGCUAUAUAAUACGAUCUCGUCCUUGUCCCGUCCUGUGAUUAAACACAAUAUAGGUUAUGUUAUGAUGCACCCGCUGUACAGGUCACUGCUUUACAGAAGGCGUCUUUGUAACCAACCGUUUCAAAUGCGCACUCAUUGCUUCAAUGGACUUUCUGGCACUGGUUAUUGCUUAAAGGUAAAUGAACCCACAUACUGUAAUUUCCUCGGCUUGUUGCCGUUCCUCAAGAACAGUUUCUUGGCCGCUCUGCGCCUGUCACGAACAGCACCUCUGUGGCUCUCUCCGACCACCACCGGAGGGAGCUCUCACCGGAAUACUGAUCACCAAAGACUCAAUUUCCCACAACCCCGUGCCUUGGGCUGAUUAGAGCCACCAGGUGUUACUCAUUAGACUCAGCCUUUAUAAGGA